GUACGGUAGAGUGUACAGUGUACACAGAAAAAACAUUUUCAGUGUUCCAUCUACGAGUGGCAGUUUUGGAUAAGUAAGUACAUUUCUGCAAACUGCGAGCUAGCAAAACAAAUUUGCAGCUUUUGGAGCUUGUAAAUUCUGGAGGAUCUGCUCGGAUAUUCGUCGACGUGCCUCGGUGGCUACCGCGAUGCAGAUAGCGUACUACUAUCUCCUGUCGUGCUGGUUUUUGCUGGAUGCAGUCGACGGACUGGUGGAGAACUUGUACUGCGGAAAGCUUAAUUGCUAUGAUGUUUUAAAUGUAUCUCGCGAUGCUACGAAAGAAGAGAUCUCCAAAAACUAUCGCCAGCUGGCGAAGCAGAAUCAUCCUGAUCGAUUCAAGACGCAGGUUGAUAAAAAAGCGGCGGAAAUCCGAUUUCGACUGAUAGCGACGGCUUAUGAGACACUCCGAGAUGAGGACCAGCGAAACGAUUACAAUUUUAUGUUGGACAAUCCGGAAUUGCACUACCAACAUUACUGGCGAUACUAUGGUCGCCGAGUCACGCCCAAAGUGGAUGUGCGGAUUGUUGUGGCGGUGUUCAUUACAGUUGUCUCCGCCGUGCAGUACUUCGUGUUAUGGACGCGCUACAACGAAGCAAUUAAGUAUUUAAUGCGGGAGCCGAAGUACCGGUCACGAGCCUUGCAGGAAGCUACAGAUGCAGGUAUUUGGAGCCCGGAUAAAAAGCGAGGGAAGAAGAGUAAGGAGGAGAUCAAAGAAGAUGAAGAUGCAAUUGUACGGCAAAUUCUGGAGUCGAAGAUGGAAAUUAGAGGCGGAUACGCGAAACCAAAUAUUCGAGACGUGUUGUGGUUGAAAUUGAUUUUUCUGCCGCUGACCGUUUAUCAGUUCAUUCAUUUCCAAAUUCGCUGGUUAUGGAGAUACACAAUCCAUAAAAUGGAAUACACCGAGGACGAUAAAACAUACCUGAUGAGGAAAUAUCUAGGAUAUUCUCAAACUCAAUUUGAAUCUGUACCGGAAAAAGAGAAAGAAGAGAUGUACAAUCGUGAAUUAUGGAUAUCACAAAACUUCAAAACAUGGAAACAGGAAAAGGAUGAGAAGAUGAAAACCGAACUUGCGCAGAAUGCCAGGUACAAAGCCUAUCGGAGAUGGAUGAAGAAAGGAGGAGGUGGUCAGAUUACGUUUGGUCCAGACGAGUAAUGCGUCCACGUGGUCAGUGUCCAUGGACGUUUGUUGUGCCAUCUGUGAUACACUUUAUGACCCGAAUUUUUAAUUGUUUUCGGUUUUAUUAUUUGUUUGUCGAUCUGGUAAAGUAGUUUGUAAGAGUUUUCAUCCCGGAUUUGUCCACUUUUUGCAGCUGUUUUUGGGCUGUUGUUAGCUUUUUCUGAAAUAGUGAAUGAUGAAUUAAGUUCUCAUACUCUGACUUCUUCGUAUAACUUAAGUAUUGUAAAUUACUAUGCGAAGUA